UUAGCAAAGACAUAGAGAGAGGGAGAGAGCUGGAACAAGUCGAAAUAGACUUAAAUGCAGAGAGUGAGAACCGAAGAGGUGGAACAGGCUUAGAGACUGAGCUGGGGACUGGGAAAUUGUCGUUCUCUGGAUUUAGCAUUUAGCCGAGAGCUGGGAUAUACUGAAAGAGAUCACUUCAUCCUAAAGCCUCAAGAAGAAAAUGAUUCGAAACGUGUAUUUGUUGAUUAUGACUUUGCAUUUUUUGUAUCAUUACAGCUCCUGUCAGCAACCGGUUAGCAGGGAUGUUAGCCGGCGAAUGCUUUCUCAGAUGAUGGAAACAAACCGGGAACUGGCAGAAAUUAAGCAUCUCCUAAAACAGCAGAUAAAGGAGAUCAUCUUUUUGAAGAACACGCUGGCAGAGUGUAAUUUCUGUGGUAUCCAAAGUGAGGGUCAGCAGCAGCCAAUCACUGUUUAUCCAUUGGGAAGGUGUGUUCCCAAUCCAUGCUUCCCAGGCGUGCUCUGCUCAGAGACAGCUGUUGGAUUCCACUGUGGCGCCUGUCCCAGUGGCUUCACUGGAAAUGGAUCGCACUGUGUCGAUAUAGACGAGUGCCGGGCAAAACCCUGUUACCCGAGGGUCCGAUGCAUUAAUACGUCUCCUGGUUUUCAAUGUGAGCCUUGCCCUUCUGGCUACACCGGCCCAAGAAUUCAGGGAGUGGGAGAGAUCUUUGCCAGAACACACCGGCAGAUUUGCAUUGACAUCAACGAGUGUGAGGAUGGUGAUAAUGGCGGCUGUGAUCCAAAUUCGGACUGCAUCAACAUUCCAGGAACAUUCCAAUGUGGCCCCUGCAAACCCGGAUACAUCAGAGAUCAGAACCUGAGGUGUCGGCUGGAGAGGAGCUGUCCAAAUGGAGCCUCAAACCCCUGCCAUGAGAGAGCAGAGUGUCAUGUGGGCCGAAAUAACGAGAUUGCUUGUGUUUGCGCAAUCGGAUGGGCUGGAAAUGGCCACAGGUGUGCAAAGGACACAGAUAUCGAUGGGUUUCCAGAUGUGACACUCGAAUGUCCUGAAAGAAACUGCCGCAAGGAUAACUGUCUGACAGUGCCAAACUCUGGGCAGGAAGAUGCUGAUGGAGAUGGGGCUGGAGAUGCCUGUGAUGAUGAUGCAGAUGGAGAUGGAGUUCCAAAUCUUGAGGAUAACUGCGUUCUGAUACAAAAUCUUGACCAGAGAAACACAGAUCAGGAUAAUUUUGGAGAUUUGUGUGAUAACUGCAGACUCACUGUUAAUAACAAUCAGCAGGACAUUGACGGCGAUGGAAAAGGAGAUGCAUGUGAUCAGGACAUGGAUGGAGAUGGAAUCAGGAAUAGCUUAGAUAACUGUGAGCAAGUUCCAAACCAGGAUCAGCUGGACCACGACAGUGAUGGGGUUGGAAAUGCCUGUGACAGCUGCCCAAACAUCAGUAACGCAGAUCAGUUGGAUGAUGAUGAUGACCUUGUGGGUGAUUCCUGUGAUACCAACACUGACAGUGACGGUGAUGGGCACCAGGACACCAGAGAUAAUUGUCCGACAGUUAUUAACAGCGCCCAGCUAGAUACAGAUGGGGAUGGAGUUGGUGAUGAGUGUGAUGACGAUGAUGAUAACGAUGGAAUUCCUGACAUGGUCUCCCCUGGACCAGACAAUUGUCGGCUUGUAGCUAAUCCAACACAAGAUGAUCUUGAUGGUGAUGGGAUAGGAGACGCCUGCGAAGGAGAUUUUGAUGACGAUAAGGUCAUUGAUAUUAUCGAUGUUUGUCCUGAAAAUGCUCAGGUUGCACUCACUGAUUUCCGAGCCUAUCAGACUGUGAUCCUGGAUCCCGAGGGAGAUGCACAGAUUGACCCGAACUGGGUUGUCUUAAACCAGGGAAUGGAGAUUGUCCAGACAAUGAACAGUGACCCGGGUCUCGCUGUUGGUUACACAGCCUUUAAUGGUGUGGAUUUUGAAGGAACGUUUCACGUUAACACAAUGACGGAUGAUGACUAUGCCGGGUUUAUCUUUGGCUAUCAGGACAGUUCCAGCUUCUACGUGGUGAUGUGGAAACAGACUGAACAAACGUAUUGGCAGGCCAAUCCAUUCCGCGCUGUGGCAGACCCUGGAAUCCAGCUCAAGGCAGUGAAAUCUCAGACUGGCCCAGGGGAACACCUGCGAAAUGCCCUCUGGCACACAGGAGACACUAGCAAUCAGGUCAAACUCCUGUGGAAAGACCCCAGGAAUGCUGGCUGGAAAGACAACACCUCAUAUCGCUGGUUCCUGCAGCAUCGGCCCCAGGUCGGGUAUAUCAGAGUGCGCCUGUAUGAAGGACCAGUGAUCGUGGCAGAUUCGGGGACAAUCAUUGACACCACGAUGCGUGGAGGGAGACUGGGAGUCUUCUGCUUCUCACAGGAAAACAUCAUCUGGGCAAAUCUGCGCUACCGCUGCAAUGACACGAUUCCAGAAGAUUUCCACCCAGCACAACUUCAGUAGCAGUUUUGAAGAGUGCAGCCUGAAUUCCUAAACCCACAAAAGCCUUUAGAAUUUAUAACCCUGGCAAGUGACAACCUCUCAUCAAACUUUCAAUCAACAUUUCUGGAACCUUCCCCACAGUUUUCCAGUGAAACCAAUAACUCCAACAAUUGGACCCUCCCUAGACGAUGUGAAAGAAGAGACCUCAGACAAAUCAUCAGUGUUCAGUCAUCCGUCCAAAGUCUUGUCACUCACAAUCAAUCAGUUGGUUGGUUGCUGGAGUUCACUUUGUUCUUCGUCACUUCUAUCUUUGGUAUUCAGGAAACGGAAAAGUUUAGUAAAUGUUACAACAGCACAAUCUGAUUUGCAGACAUUGAUGCAAAGGAGGAGCGAGACUGAGUGAAGUUGAGAUUGGUUUUGGUCAGUGUUGGAGCUAUGCUCAAUGAGCAAGAUAGAAUUAUUAAAACGUACAACACAGUGUUCGAUCUGUCAUCUGUGCUGUCUCUUACUGCCAUUGUGCUUUGUCCCACAUCCCCGCUUUUUGUCCAUAACCCGGUAAGUUCCUCAUCCUCAAAUACUUGUUCAGCUCCCUUUUAAAAUUACUUACCCAAAAAGCUUUUAUCACCUAUUCAGGUGGAGGGUUUUAUUUUUGCUUAACAUCUGAGAAUAUUUCUCCUUGUUUUCCCUCCAGGUAUUUUUUCCCCAAUUAUUUUGAAUCAAGACAUCUGCUUAUUGAACCCCCUCAACAGAGAAAAUAGUUUUUCUCUAUCUAUCAAAGCUUCUCAUUACCAUGUAAACCUGUUAGCUUACCUCUUAACCUUCUGCCAACUGAAGUCCUUCUUCCCUGGUAAAAUCCUAGUUAAACUUCUCUAUACAUUUCCUAAGGCCUUAAGCGUGAUACCCAGAUUAAAGGUCUUGAGAUAUUGCCGAGCACUUCAGUCAUUCACUUGCCCGAUUUUACCAAAUCCCAAUUGCCAAUCUUGCCCCCUUUCUUAGGCUUGGUGAGGAGUGUAGCGGCUAUUUAUAGCUCCAGAGCUAAAUCAAAAUAGUGGUGGCAAGAUACACAGGACUCACAUCCCAGACCCCCAGUUGCCAACUCCUCUCCUCAUUCUGUUAAUAUUCAACAGAAAAACAGCAUCAGGAUGUGGGACUGUUUUUUGGAGGUUGGUGUUUGCUCCCCCAUCAGGUUUCGUUCUUUCGCUCUUGACAUCGCCACAUCCACUCAAAAUGUCACCUCAUCGCUGCACUUCAGGACUAGUUUGCGACUUUCAAAUACCCAUUUACCAUCUGACAAGCGCAGAACCCAGAUUCUAAACUUCUACAACGCUGGAAAGAAACUGUCAAUAGUCAGGGACAGACACAUGUGGGCAAGGGCAAAGCAACAAACAAGAGCGACAGACAGAUUGACAGCUUUUAACCAAUGCAUUGCUUCGAAAUAGUCUUGUUUAUAUUUGCACACUAUUAGUUUUAUAUGGACUUUAUCAGCAUGGAAUUUAACUGAAUCAAAUGUGACCCAGGUAUAACCCAUAAAAUAUAGCAUUUUAAUUCACUACAAAGAUUUUCUCAAUAAAACUUUUCCUGCAUGUGUAAAAACAAAAUUAUAUAAAUACUCCUCCCACCAAGUGA